GUGUAAAACGUCAUGCAAAUAUUUCAAAAUAUUAAUUUGGCCCAUAACCUUGCAAUCUGUUGUCAGAUAGAAAAUAUAAAAUACUUAAAUUAUUGUUAAAUUGCGAGGCAAUGACUGAAGUGGAUGUGUUUAUCAGCAACUACACUCUUGUGGAUCCCGAAAUAUUCCAGCUUUGGAUAGAAGGCCAUACAGCUACGGAAGCUGUGGCAAUUCUGGACAAAAAGGGCCUGGGCAAGCAGACAGGUGCCUCCCUUGAGCUGAUAGCAAGCGACGUAUUAGACCACUACCGCACUUACUCUUUGCUGGAAAAACUCCUGAUCAAUCCCAACAAACUACAAGAACAACUGGCUUUCCAAAUCGAGCCACGAACGCGUCAGAUGCUAAUAGAAAAGUACUAUGAGUUUGAUGAUGAUGUUGUUAGGGAGCUGUUGGGGAAGAAACUCAGUUCGAAAAACCGCAAAGACUUAGAUGAGGUGUCGGAGAAAACUGGAAAGCCUCUAAAGUCAUGCAGGAGGCAGUUUGAUAACAUUAAAAGAGUCUACAAGAUGGUGGAGGAGAUUCCAGGCUCUAUAAUGGAGAAUAUAAAGAGCUCGUUCUACGUAUCGGAUGAUUUAGCCAGGAAAUAUGCCAGCAUAGUGUUUCUAGCGGCUAUUCGGUUUGAAACUUCAAAAAAAAAACUGAACACCAUGACUUUUCCGGCUUGGAAGCGAUGUUGCGAGGCAAUAAUGGUGCAAUGGACUUACAAACUCACUGGGCCUGAGUAUUACGACACUGAAAUGGACAAAGAGUUCUUGUUGGAACUGCGGGAACUGAAAGUUUUGCUGGAUAGAGAAAAGGAACACAAACAGUUGGUUUGCAUCACACUCAAGCCCAUGCUGCUCCAGAAAAGCUACUUGGAACUGGAUGCGAAUUUCAGGAAAUAUACUGGAGCCAUAAUCACGCUGGCUGCAACCCUUCAUCGGUCCAGAGACAUGAAAAAUUUAUUCGUGGAGUUUUCGCUUAUUUUGGACUUGUUCAGGACGGGCAAUUGGACUUCACAUGAUUUGCAGCAGUUUUUCAACGCCUAUAGCUCGUGUGCGGGGGAACUGGAUGUGCUCAGCGCCACACUGACGACAUGGUUUACGAAAAAUCCCACUAAAUAAGGUCAAUUUUGCACUAUUGGUUAUCAUCGAAGUUGAUCUGUCCCAUCCAUAUUAGCCACUUCAUCUGUUCACAAUGCCCGUUCUGAGUCCACAUAGAAGUUCCUCGUCAGGACUGUCGGGCUCCUAUCGGCCCACA